AUGAAAGAUUGCUUUGUGAAUAUUAGUAAUAAAAUUUGGAUAUUUUGGGGCUCUGAGGUGAAAUGUGAUGUGUUUGCAAAUGAUGCUCAGAUGCUUACCUGCAAGGUCAGUGUUAGUUCAGCUGACUCUGGAACUUUUAUUUCUUUUGUUUAUGCUAAAACCAGAUCAGCUAGUAGAAUUCAGCUAUGGGAACAUAUGCGAAUUUUUGCCUCCACUAUAAAUGAGCCAUGGUUGGUCUGCGGAGAUUUUAACUGCAUAUUGGAUCCUAAUGAGAAAAGAGGAGGAGUGCCUCAUAAGCUGAGUAAAAGUUUAGACUUUAUAGAGUUUUUAACUGAUUGUGGUUUAUCUGAUAUGGGCUAUAAUGGGAGCCCAUUUACAUGGUGUCAUGAAAGGAAAGAGGAAGAAAUAAUAUGGAAAAGGCUGGAUAAAAUGGUUGCAAAUGAUGAAUUGGGAGCAAAAUUUACCUCUAUCUCUGUCCAGCACUUGGCUAGAGUGAGUUCUGAUCAUAGUCCUUUAUUUAUUACUCUUAAAGAUCAGCCUUCUAACACCAUCAAAUACUUCAAGUUCUUGAAUUUCUGGGUUGAGCAGGAAGGAUUUCAGGAUAUUGUGAAAAACCAAUGGAAUCAACAUGUUGAAGGAAAUCCCUUCUGGAUAUUACAGCAAAAGCUAAAAAGAGUUAGCAAAGCUCUAAGUGAGUGGUCAAGAAACAAAAUAUGUGAUAUUUUCAUCAAGUCUAGCCACUUAGAGGAAUAUGUUAAGAUCUGGGAGGAUAAGUAUAUUAAUUCUCUGGAUCAAGAUGACAGAAUGGCUUUGAAUAAAGCUACAGAUGAUUUAGUUCUUCAUCUUAAGGUUGUUGAUACUUUUUGGAGACAAAAGGCCCAUCUUAAGUGGCAGUUGGAAGGAGAUGAAAACACCAAAUACUUUCAUUAUGUGGUAAGGGGUAGGAGACAUCAUAUGAAGAUCCACAGGAUCAGGAAUGGAGCAGAUUGGAUAGAAGAUGAGGAUGAUAUUGCUAAUGCCGCUAGCUGUUGGGAAACUGUGGAACAAGAUAUGGUUAGUAUGGUGAAGGAUGUCCUUAAAGGAAUUCCAAUGCCAAGAUACUUCACAAGUACAUGCCUAGUAUUGAUUUCAAAAGUGCAACACCCUCAAGAAUUUUCAGAAUUCAGACCUAUUAGUCUCAGUAAUGUCACUAAUAAGCUAGUUUCAAAAAUUCUGAAUAACAGACUUUCCAAAAUCCUUCCAAACAUCAUCUCCCAGAAUCAAAGUGGAUUUAUGAAAGGUAGAGUAAUUGGGGAGAAUGUUCUCCUUGCUCAAGAGAUUGUUCAUGGGAUAAGAAAGCCUAAUAAGGGGGUAAUGUGGUAA